AUGAAGGACGCCGACUCCUUAGCAGGCGGCAAGGGGCGAGACGGCAAGGAGGCGUCGUGCUCGCUGGUCGGCGUUGUGGAGCCGACCGUCUCACUGGCGCCGGAGGCCAGUGAGGACUUCCAGGCCAUGGCGGCAGCUGUGCUGGCGAACCCGGCGGUGGUCCUGCUCGACGGCGGCUGCUCCCACCACCUGAUGGGGUCGAAGGAGGUCUUCGUCGACCUGCAGCCGAGCGGCGACGUCAAGCACAAGCGCGGCUUCAACAGGGUGCUGCAGGACGUCCAGGGCCGGGGCAUGGUCGCUUUGCAAGGGGAGGCCGUGAGGCAGGUGCUGAUUCCUGAUGUGCUCUACGUCCCGGGCGUGCACGCGAAUCUGCUGUCGGCCGGCCAGCUGAAGGAGAACGGUAUGAAGCUGAAGGAGGACGGCGACGGGAUGUUGCUCGUCACGGCGGCAGGGGACGUCCUCGGUCGGGCGUCCUACACUGGCCGGGUCCUCUGCACCGACCUACGUCCCUGCUCGACGAAGUCGACGACGUCCUCGACGGAGGUGGUGGCCCUGCGGGCGAUCGUCUCGGCGACGAAUUCGACGCCGGACUGGCUGCAUGCGAGGCUCGCGCACGUCGGCAUGGGCACUAUCCGGAUCUCGGCGAAGUACGAGGGCUCCAACGCUGAAGACGUGCUGGCCGUCGUGCACAUCGACUUGUGCGGGCCGUUCCGUGUAGCUGCAAAGAAUGGCAGCUUGUACUUCUUGCUGCUGAAUGACCGCAAGACCCGCUACGUGUGGGUGAGGCCGGUCGCCAAGAAGUCAGACGUGCUGUAG